AUGGAGGACAAGGACAACAAUUCUAAUGAGACCGGCGUUCCAUUGGGUGAUGCUUUGAUUAGAGGCAAUAAGGUUGAUUUAGAACUUGUAAUUGAUUAUACUAAUGAAUUUGUCACUCAUGAGAAAUCAGAUGGGGGUGGUAUUCGUGGUAGGAAGCCAAAACUUAGCCUAGCUUAUAAGAGGAGUGGAUCUUAUAGGGACACUCGAAAAAACAAUAGGCCUAAUACAAAAAAAGCAAGAUCGACUGAAUAUCUUGAGGGUCAUUCUUAUGCUGGAAGGUUGUCACAUGAGGAAACCUACUUGUUCGUAGACAUGUCGAAGAGUAUGGUACGACCGAGUGAGAUAUUGGUUACAUUGAAACAACGUGAUGAUGCAAAUGCUUCCACAAUGAAGACAAGUUACAAUGCAUGUCAUAGGUAUAAAGUUGCAAAGAAAGCUAGGAGAUCUCAAAUGCAACAACUAUUAGGUCAAUUAGCGGUGAACAAGUACAUUGAGUGGCAUAGGAGUUGUGCAUAUACUGAGACAGUGACUGAUUUGUUCUUUGCACAUCCUACUAGUUUUAAUUUGUUACAUGCAUUUCCAAAAGUACUGUUGAUGGAUUGUACUUAUAAGGCCAAUCGAUAUCAGUUGCCCCUUUUGGAGAUUGUAGGUAUGACAUCGACAUACAUGACCUUUUCAGUUGCAUUUGCAUACCUCCAGUAUGAAAAGGAAGAUAACUACGCAUGGGCACUUGGUAUUUUACGUGGUGUUAUGGAUGAAAAUACUCUUCCUUUUGUUAUUUUGACAAAUAGAGAAUUGACCCUUAUGAAUGCCUUAUGUACAAUGUUUCCUGUAACUACAAAUUUGUUGUGUAGAUGGCAUAUUGGUAAAAAUAUGCUUGCUAAUUGUAAAAAGAUGUUUGAGACAAAGGAUAAACGGAAAAUGUUUCUAAUGAGUUUGAAUAUGUUGGUUAUGUCAUCGUCUGAAGUAGUGGUUGAGAGUUCACAUGCAAAACUUAAAAGAUAUCUUGGAUCAAGUCAAGGAAAUUUUGAGUCGAAUUGGACAAGGAUACACAAUUUACUUGAGUUGCAACAUAGUGAAAUAAAAUCAUCAUUUGAGAAAAGCAAGAUAGUUGUGCAACAUGAUUUCAAACUUGUGCAGUUUAAGGAGCUUCGUGGUAAUGUCUCAAUUACUGCAUUAGAGAUCAUAUUGGCAGAGUCCAAAUGA